CUUUAAAACCCUAAGAACUCCAUUUUCCGGUAUCAUUGCCUUAUCAACUACGCCAUGCCCUUCAAGCUCCCUCCUCACCUACGUUUCCUCGGCCAUUCUCUUCCAAGUUCCCGUUUCGUUUCCAUGAAUCUCGCCGGACCCGCUUGCUCUUCUCGCUCCGUUCACGCCAUCUCUCGGGCCUUCCCUCUUCGGCUCAGAUUCCUUGGUUUGGGGUCCCGGGUCAGUUUCUCUACCCGUCCGAACCGUAUCCGACCUGGGUCUACCUCGGAAUUCGGCGGGAGUCGGGAGAGAGGCGAGGUUCGAGCGUCGAAGAGCUUGGUCGAGGACGAGGCGGAGCUCAGUGAUUGGGUUAGCGAGUUGAGGACUGGCUCGUUGCGCGGUCGGGCCACGAGUGAAGAUGAUGACUCAUACUCGGGUGGGAUUCGUAGUAGGGGAGGAAACAGAGAAACCGGGAGAAUUAGGGAUGGGAAGAGGGGAAGGGAGGACGAUUUCGAUAGGUUUGGUGGGUCGAACAGGAGGAGGACUCGUGACUCGGUUGACUCGUUAAGGAAUAAGCGGUCCAGUGAUGUAGACGGUGGAAGGAAUGGUGGGAAUCGAGGAAGGAGUACUCAGUCGUCUCUGCGUGGAAGGAAGGAGAGAAAUUUAGAUUCAGGCUUUAGAGGAGAGAGAGAUAGAGGAAACCACAAGGGUUAUCUGAAAGGAAAGAGAGAAACAAGACGGGAAGAUCGUUUCGAGGUAGAAGGUAGUGAGGUUAGUGAUGAUGAGGAUGUGAAGAAGGUACUGAUGGGAGGCAUUGGGGAUUUGCUUAGUGAAGAAGGUAGUGAUGAGGAUGAAGAUGAUGAUUUUCUUAGCAAGAAAGCAACUUCCGCUUUAGGCUUUGAUGACGAGAAGAUUGUAGAGGCGGGUAGGGCAAAGAUUUUGCGGGAGCAAACUUCAGAUUCUUAUUUGACUGAGACAAGAUUUGAUCAGUAUCCACUGUCUGCCUCGUCACUAAAAGCGAUUAAGGAUGCCGGGUAUGAGAAGAUGACUGUUGUGCAGGAGGCAACUCUUCCUGGCAUUCUCAAAGGAAAGGAUGUCCUAGCCAAGGCUAAAACAGGCACUGGGAAAACUGUAGCAUUUUUGCUUCCAUCAAUUGAAGUUGUUGUCAAAUCACCUCCUGCAAGCCGGGAUAAUAAGCGACCCCCGAUUCUCGUGCUUGUGAUAUGCCCAACCAGGGAACUUGCCAGUCAGGCUGCUGCAGAAGCUAACACAUUGCUGAAGUAUCAUUCAUCUAUCGGUGUUCAAGUGGUGAUGGGAGGCACAAGACUUGCUUUAGAGCAAAAGCGUAUGCAAGCAAAUCCUUGCCAGAUUCUCGUAGCUACACCUGGAAGACUGAAAGACCACAUUGAGAACACUGCUGGAUUUGCUACAAGGUUGAUGGGUGUAAAAGUCCUUGUACUGGAUGAAGCUGAUCAUCUCUUAGACAUGGGUUUCCGAAAGGACAUUGAGAGGAUAAUUGCUGCUGUUCCUAAGCAGAGACAAACGCUUCUGUUUUCUGCUACGGUUCCUGAAGAGGUCCGCCAAAUAUGCCAUAUUGCUCUCAGACGGGAUCACGAGUUUGUCAACACUGUCCAUGAGGGCUCUGGAGAGACGCAUUCACAGGUGAGACAAACUCAUAUGGUUGCAGCGCUGGACAAGCAUUUCUCCCUUCUGUACACCCUUCUCAAGGAACAUAUUGCGGAUAAUGUGGACUAUAAGGUUAUCAUAUUCUGUACAACUGCUAUGGUUACGAGAUUUGUGGCUGAUCUGCUUGGCGAGCUAAAUCUGAAUGUCAGAGAGAUCCAUUCAAGAAAGCCGCAGAGUUACAGAACCAGAGUUUCAGAUGAGUUCCGCAAGUCCAAGGGCCUUAUCCUCGUUACAUCGGAUGUAUCUGCACGUGGAGUUGAUUAUCCCGAUGUCACCCUCGUCAUACAGGUGGGCGUGCCGGCAGACAGAGAACAAUAUAUACACAGACUUGGAAGAACCGGGCGUAAGGGCAAAGAAGGGCAAGGCAUACUGUUGCUGGCGCCAUGGGAGGAAUACUUUAUAUCCUCUGUUAAGGACUUACCCAUCACCAAGUCUCCUCUACCCACCAUAGACCCGGAGGCUGUGAAAAAGGUGCAGAAGGCGCUCUGUCACGUGGAAAUGAAGAACAAGGAGGCGGCAUAUCAGGCGUGGCUGGGUUAUUACAACUCGCAGAAGAUGGUGGGAAGGGACAAGUACAAGCUGGUGGAGCUUGCCAAUGAGUUCAGCAGAAGCAUGGGACUGGACAUUCCUCCUUCUAUCCCUAAACUUGUUCUUGGCAAGAUGGGUCUUAGAAACAUUCCUGGUCUUCGUACCAAGUAGUUUUUUUUUUUUGUAAUUGCUGCGGCAAUUUUGUGUUAAAAAAAAAACAAGAACUUACCAUUGUUAUGAAGAUUCCUUCUUAGUAUAUGUAUGUUACUUGCCUU